CAUGAGGCAACAUAAGCGUUUUGCAAAUGCGUGAGCGUCAGUCUCCAAAUGGCUUUGCUUUUCAGAGGUCGCGAAGUCGUGUAGCUUCUUGCAAUCUAGGGAUGUCUGCAGACCUGCGCAUAGCAUCCAUUAGGUUUACUCGAGCGCUCCAGGCAGCGUGGCAAGCUCGGUGCGUCGCGCCAUCCUCCUCGACAGCGCCCACGCGGGGAGCUCUCCUGGGCGCUAGGCACGGCCUGCUGCCAGUACUAGGGUGCACUCGUCACCAUGGCACGAUUGCAGCCUUCGCGUCUGGGGCUUCAGGUGGUGCGACCAGCCAGGCGCAAACCUCCGAGCAUGGCAACGCAGUGCCAUCCCCGUCGCUAUCCUCCGCGCCCGGACCUAGCGCCAGCAACAGCGGGCUGCGGUCCGCGGGGGCUGGCACCGCCACACGGGGUGCACGUGUGCUGUUGGUGGAUGUUCCCUCGCUGCUGACCAGCGUCGGCACCCACACCCAAACCCAGCAGCAGACGGCGCCGCAGCGCGGCGGAGCUGGCAGCAACCGGCGGCACAUUCCCGCAGCACCGGUGACACGACCCGAACCCCAGGUGGGGGAACCCCUGUCGGCUACAGCCACCAGCGCCGCGCUCCUGAGCAUCUCAAAGGCGGUCCGGCUGGCCCGCCCGGACGCAUUGCUACUGGUGUCGCACCAGGCGCAUGCUGUUCCUGGCGGCAGUAGCGGCGCCGCAGGCCAGCAGCAGGGUGACGAGCAGCAGCAGCAGGCGCCGCAGUGGUCGCCACCUGCCGCCGCCGGAGCCGCCGCCGCCGCAAACACCUGGCGCCAGCUGUUCUCGCGCCUGGGCCCCCAGCCUCCAGGCAGUAACAGUAGCAGUAGCAGGAGCAGCGGCAGCAGCAAUGGCAGUGGCAGCAGCAGUGAAAGUAGCCGCAGCAGUGGCAGUAGCAACAAGAGCGGCAGCUCUGUGGCCAGGGGCGGCGGCCGCCGCGCGGGCGCGACCGCGCCGGGCUCAGCCACGUCACCACAACCGCCGCCGCCACCGCAGCAGCAGCAGCAGGGGGGCACGUGGGCGGUGGUGGCGGCGGCGGUACAGGCUGGGCGCCUGGAUCUGGGUCUGGCGGCGCAGGAGCUCCUGGAGCAGCUGCAGCAGCGCGAGCUGGAACUGCUCGGUGGCAGUAGCAGCAGUAGCGGCGGCAGUAGCAGCAACAGCAGCAGCAGCUCGCCGCCGGCGGCGCUGGCCGCAUCACCGCCGCCGCCGGCCACUGCUGCAACUGCUGCUGGUAGUGGAGGCGGCCUGGCCGGCAACGAGCAGGAGCACCUACAGCAGCUGCUGCUGCGGGAGGUGCUGACCUCCCAGCUCGGGCCAGAGGCGGCAGCAGCAGCCGCGCCGCCGCCGCCGCCCCAACCGCUGCCGCCCGUCGCGGCCUCGGCCGCCCGCGCUCCAUCUACCGCCUCCCACACCUCGCUUCACCAGCGGGAUGCCUCGGAGGAGCAGUUGGAACACUUCCAGAGGUCGCUGUUGGCAAUGGCGGGCGAGCAGGCGCCGCUGCCGGUGCUGAGCUCGCGUUGGCUGUCUAGCGCGUGUCUGACCAGCCUGCUGGCAAACAGCAGCAGUAGCCGUAUGAACAGCAAUAUCUACGGUGGCAGCAGUAGCAUGAUGGGCAGCAGCAGCAGCAGCAGCAGCAGUGGUGGUGAUGGCAGUAGCAACGGGCUGUUUGGGGUUGCAGCAGAUGCUGGCGCCGGUGGUGAGCAGUUGCAGCAGCAGCCGCAGAUUGGCCGGGUCUCAAUUCUGACUGCAGAUGAGCGCCUUUUGCAGCUGGCAGGGGCGGCGGCGGCUGUGGAGGCGGCGGCGGCGGCGGCGCCCGCGGAUGGGGGUGCGAGUGCUGCUGCUGCUUCUAGACGCGAUGGCACCAUUGAAGCCAGUGGGAUUGUUAUGCGCAACGGCAACAGUGCCAGCGGGGACGCUGUCACGGUGCUGUACGUGGCGGGGGGCGCAGCGCCGGCGUCAGCUUCGCCCGCCGCCCCACCCGCGGGAAACCGCCCCCUGCAGGUCAUCACGCACGCGGCGGCGGCCUGUGCGGCGCUGACUGAGCCGCCCGCCCGCCCGCUGCUGGCGUCCGCCCGCCUGCCCGACUACUGGGCGCUGGCGGGGCACCGGCCCACGGGCCUGUCCGCCGUCAGCGGCUUCCGCAACGCCGCCGCCUGCGACCUAGUGGCCGGGCUGACGGCGGCGGAGGCGGCGGAGGCGGCGGAGUUUAAGGCAGGGGCGGCGGAGGUGGAAGCGGGGGCGGCGGGAGGUAAGGCUCCACCGCCGCGGCAGCCAGCAGUGAUGCGGCUGGGGGGCGUGGCGGCGGCGGGCCCGGCGGCGGUGGCGGCGCGUGUGUCCACCAAGCUGUCACAUGACAACAAGUUCGCACUGGCCAGCUUUAAUGGCGUGAUGGCGCGACUGCCGGGGUCGGGUCCGGGCGCGCCGCAGCUGAGGCAGCUGCUGGUGCAGGUGGCGGCGGGGGCGGCGGCGGAGGCGGAGGCGGCGGCGGUGGAUGGCAAGCCGCUGGCACCCGCCGCUGAUAAAGUCAGUUUGCUUCUGCCCCUCGGAACGACAACAGCAGUAGCAACAACGCCCGCAACAGCAGCAACACCAGCAGCAGCAUCACCUGCAGCAGUAGCAGCUGCGGCGUCACGGCGCACUGAGUCAGCGACCUCGCAGCCGCCGGCAGCAGCAGCAGCAGCAGCAGCCGCCGUGGUGCUUGAGGGCGCCGAGGCGUGGGGCUGGCUGUGGGAGCGCGCGGCGGUCCGGGACCCGGAGGCGUUGGCGGGAGCGCUGGAGGCAAGGGCGCGGGAGGUGUUGCUGCUGGUGCAGGAUACGGGUGACCUCAGCGGUGGCGGCGGCAGCGGCGGGUUACUGCAGCAUCAGCUCAAGGAGGCUCGAUCGCUGGCGGGGGUGCAGCCGGAUGUGAUCCAGCAGCAGGCGGAAGCUGGCGGGCGGGCGCUGGAGCUCGCAGCAGCAGGUCAGCGCACGGCGGCGGCGGCGGCGGUGGCGGCGGAGACAGUCAGUGGCGGCGGCACGUCAGCACAGGCGCAAGCGCAGACGGCCCCGGCCCCGGCCCCGGCCCCGGCCCCGGCCCCGGCCCCGGCCCCGGCCCCGGCCCCGGCCCCGGCCCCGGCCCCGGCCCCGGCCCCGGCCCCGGCCCCUUCAGCGGCUGGCGCUGCGUGUGUUGCUGUGGGUGGCGGUCCUGCUGUCGGCCCUCCCCCGGCAGCACUGGCGGCCACUGCAGCACCCGCACCCGCACCCGCAACAGUUGCAGCUGCACCACCCGCUGCCGUCCUGCCGCGCCGCGUGUUCAUGCCCGGACCACCGCCAGCCGCCAAGCCACGCACAUCCACAGCCGCUGCGGCCGCUGCCGCCUUCGCAGCGCCGCCGGUGGCGGCCGCCGCCGCCUCCGACGCGGCGGCGGCCGCCGCCGCCGCGGCCGGCCUGCCGCGCUGUGUCAUGCUACUCGACGAGCCAGUCGUGGUUCCCUUCUGGGUCAGGGACGAAACGGAGGUGAAGGCGGCGGCCGUGGUGGCGGCGGCGGCGCCGCCGGAGCACGCGGCGGCGGCGGCGGCCGCGGCGGCUGUAGCAGCCGCCGCGCCCACCAGCCGCCAGGCGUUGGUGGUGAGCUACAGCCCCAUCGACCAGCCCGCCGAGUUGUCUGACCUGGUUUCGUACUUGACCUCCCGUCUGACAGCCCCCGCCACCUCCAGUGGCGGGGGCGGCGGCGGCGCUGCUGGCGGCGGUGGCGGCGGGAACGCGCCCGUGCCUGUACCCGUGUUUGUGCACUGGGAGCCGCCGCCGCGGGCCAAGAAGCGGGGCGGCGGCGGCGGCAAGCGGGCCGGCAAGGACGGCCGGCCGCCGCCGCUGCGGACGCCGUCGCAGGCGGGGGACGAGGACCCUACGGCCGCGCCUGUGGGCCUUUCCCUGGCGUGGCCCGCGGUGGACAGUGCGGGUGCGGCGUUGAAGGCCGCGUACCUGGCGGCGAGCAACCCCACCCCGGCAGCAGCGGGCGGAGGGACUGCAGCAGCAGCAGCAGCAGCAGGAGGAAGGAGCCCGGAUGCCGCCGCCGGGGCUGGCAGCAUCGCGCCCGCAGCGCGUCCCUUCGUGCCAGCACUACACACCGCACACGUCAAGCUGUCAGCCGCCGCCGCCGCCGCCGCCUCUGGCGGCGGCGCUCCUCGGCUGACGGCGCAGGCGGCGGCGGAGCUGUUGCGGCCGCUGCUGUGCCACACGGGCCCCGCCGGCCCCGCCUCCUUUGACAACGGCGAGCGCAGCAACACCAGCAACACCAGCAACACCAGCUCCGCCACUACCACAUCCGCCGCCACUGAUCCUGCAAUGGCGGCGGCGGCGGCGGCGGCGCCGCCGCCGCCGCUGCCGGCCUGGUGUGUGGUGACACACGACCUGAAGCGCUUCGCCAUCACGUGCGCGGGGCUGGGCUGCCGCCUGCCGCUGCCGCCGCCGCCGGGCGCCUACUUCGACACGCUGGCUGCCGCGUACGUGUUCAGCGCGGAGAGGUUCAGGCCGCAAGAGAACUCCACCCUCAAGCCCGACAGUGUGGUGGUCAUGUCGGACCUCACUCGAAUCGCGCAGUACCAAGACGUACGGCAACCGCUGCAGGCAGGACUGGGCGGCGGCGGCGGCGGCGGCGCGGCGGCGGCGGCGCAUAACGCCCGCAUCGACGCCGCCGCCGAGGCCGUUCACAAUGCACUGGCGUACGUGCGACUGCAACAGAUGAUGGCGGAGGCCGCGGCGGAGGCGGAGGCAGAUGCCGCCGCGGCGACGGAGGCAGCGGCGCGGGCGGCGGCGCGGGUGGCGGCGGCGCCGCCGUCGCGGCCGCCGCCACCGCUGCCGCCCCUGACGACGCCGGCGGCGCCGGGCCCUCUGGGCGGGCGCGCUGCUCCUCCUCCUCCUCCUCCUCCUCCGCCGCCGCCGCCGCCGCCACCAGCCACUGAUCAGCACCCACAGCAGCUGGCCCCUGCAGCUGCUGCUGGGGCUGCUACUGGCGACACGGGCGGCGGAGGGCAGCAGCAGCAGCAGCCAGGGGUGCAGCAGCAGCAGCCGCAGCCUCGCAUCAACAAGGACCUGCGACAGCUAAUCACGGACGUUGAGGUGCCGGUGCAGGUGGUCUUGGCCGAGAUGGAGAUGGCGGGGUUCGGCGUGGAGGUGGGCGCCAUGCAGCGCCUACACGAGGAGUCGGUGCGGCGCCGGGCGCAGGUGCUGGACGAGGUGUCUGCGCUGCUGGGCGGGCACCGCGCCUGGCCGCUGUCCACGCCCGCCGAGAAGCGGCAGCUGCUGUGCGACACGCUGGGGCUGGACGCCAAGGCGGAGGCGGCGGCGGAGGCGGCGGAGGCGGCGGGCGCGCCGCGGGGCAGUGUGCCGCGGCUGGUGCGCACCAAGCAGAAGGCGGACGGCUCGCCCGGGGAGAUCUCCAUGAGCCUACAGAAUCUGGAGAUCAUGGCGCCGUACGACAGCACGGGCCGUGUCGUACACCUGGUGAUGGAGCACGCCCGCCUGGACAAGCUGAUCCAGUCGUACACGGGGCUGUUCCUGCAGCACGUGGACCGCCGCACCGGGCGUGUGUACCCCACCCUCAACCAGGUGGGCACUGCCACGGGUCGUCUGUCCAUGAGCGGGGCAAACCUUAUGGCACUGCCACACGACAAGGAGGAGUUUGGCGAGCACCUGCGCAACUUCCGUCGCGCGCUGGUGGCCCGGCCCGGCUGGCUGCUGCUGGCGGCCGACUACAGCCAAGUGGAGCUGCGCGUGAUUGCGCACAUCACACAGGACCCCACGCUCGCCAGCGCCUUCCGCGAGCGCCGCGACGUGCACGCCCAGACCGCCGCCCGCGUGUUCCGGGUGCCGCUGGGGGCGGUGACGCCGGCGCAGCGCCAGGCGGGAAAGCAGGUGAACUUCGGUCUGGUGUACGGCAUGGGGGCGGCCAAGCUGGCACGUGACAUUGGCCUGCCCGACAACGAGGCGUCCGACUUCAUCCACACCUUCCGCGACGUCUUCGCCACGCUGUACGACCAGAUGGACCGGACCAAAGCCCAGGCCUUCGUGAGCGGGUACGCCACAUCGCUGCGAGGCCGGCGGCGCGGCUUCCGCGGCGCCUGGUCUGGUAAGGGGCUGGCGUGGCUGGACUGGCAGGCGCGGUUCGAGCCGUGGCGGCGGCAGCAGCUGGCGGCGGAGGUGCUGGGCAAGCUGAAGGCGGACGAGGGGCUGGCGGGGUGGCGGGGGAUGGACCGCGACGACCGCACCACCCUGAGGGAGCUGGGGAACAUGUCCUACCAGGGCAGCACCUCGGACAUCGUCAAGGCCGCUAUGGUGCGAUGCACGGCUGCGCUGGGGCCGGGGCCGGGCGGCAUCAACUCCCGCGCGCAGCUGCUGCUGCAGAUCCAUGACGAACUGGUGUUCGAGGUGCCGGAGGAGGAGCUGGCGGCGGUGGCGGCGGUGGUGGGGCGAGUGAUGGAGGGCACGGCACAGCUCAGUGUGCCGCUGGAGGUGGAAAUGGAGGUAGGUCCAAACAUGCGUGACCUGCAAGACUACGACUGGCGCAAUCCCCCGCCGCCGGCGGGGUUGCCGUCACCGCCGCCGCCACAAACAGCGACAGCACAGGACGCACCGCCACGCGUCGCAUGAGCCCAGCCAGGCCCCAAGUGAAGGCGUGGAGCUGGCAGCAACAUUAUUGGUUGGAGGUUGUGCUGGCUGGUUGUGGAUGAUUGAAUAGGGGGCGGCGUUUGGCGCGGGUUGUUUUAUUGGGCGCCUCUUGGCAAAGCUUGACAUGCCUACUGCUGCGUAGAACGUCUGUGUUUGUGUUGGAUAUCUGUCAGUAUCUGUGGAGUCUUUUGACAAACACACUGAGGCAUUGAAGGCAAGCGCACGUGCCCUAGCAUUGUACGUAUCUUUUUCUCUUGGCCCAGCUUUGCGGGGCGCGUGCGGCCGUGCCGCAUUGAUGAGACGGGAAACGUGUGUCAUUCCGUCGGAACGCCGAUUGCAUACAGCAGGACAGGACCGCGCGCGCCUGAAUCGUAUAAUGUUUCCUACAAGUAUGAAUCCCUGUAUGCAACCUCAACUCUGUCAC